CUGACAUAUGGAGCAACUGUGCUGCUAUUAUGUCAGUACAGACCAAAAUAUCUGGGGGAUGAUUUCAGCGACCUUUUGAAUCGUUGCCAUGAAGAAUUAAAGCCGUUCCAAAAGCAAAGGGGAUGUCCAACCCCGUACUAGCAAUUUGUACCUAAUAAAAUGGCUGAUUUUGAUCCAGAAUGGCAGACGGCAUAACCCAGCUUCUUUUUUCUGCAAUGCUGCUUUGUGGGCUGCUGCUCCACAUAGUGUCCCAAAAUGAUAAACUCAAGAAGAAGCCCAAUUUCAUCAUCAUACUGGCAGAUGACAUUGGCUGGGGGGAUCUGGACGCUAACCAGCCUGAAGAGAGGGCAAACAACACACCUUACCUCAACCUGAUGGCCCUGCAAGGACUGCGAAUGACCGACUUCCACUCCCCAGCCUCAACAUGCUCUCCGUCCCGUGCUGCUAUCCUGACAGGUCGUUACAGCCUAAGAAACGGAGUGACUCAUAACUUUGGUGUAAAUUCUCUGGCUGGUCUGCCUCUGUCUGAAGUUACCUUACCCCAGCUACUACAGAAGGCAGGAUAUCACACUGCCAUGAUAGGGAAGUGGCAUCUCGGACACAAUGGACCAUACAGUCCAACUAACAGAGGUUUUGACUACUACUUAGGUAUUCCCUACAGUAAUGACAUGGGCUGUACUGAUAUGCCAGGAUAUAACCUGCCCCAGUGCCUCCCCUGUGACUCAGAUGGACCACAAGUGAUCAGAUUGAAGAGGAAUGCACGUGGAGGUUGUUAUUCCAGAGUUGGCCUUCCUCUGAUUGAAAAUAGCAGUAUUGUGGAGCAGCCGCUUGACCUGUGGACACUGACAGAACAAUACAAGUCUGCCGCACUCAGGAUCAUACACAAUGCAAGUGAGCGAGGACAGCCUUAUCUGCUCUACAUAGCUCUGGCUCAUAUGCACGUCCCCUUGGCCCCUCCACCCUCACCAGAUGCCCCUACUGCUGAUCACCACCCAAAUAGUGGAGUGUAUGCCGCCAGUCUGCGAGAGCUGGACAGCCUGGUUGGGGCAAUAAAGACUGCUUCUGAUGUCACAGACAGAGACAAUACGCUCAUCUGGUUCACUGGUGACAACGGCCCAUGGGAGCAGAAGUGCCAGUAUGCAGGAAGCGUAGGGCCUUUCGGAGGAAAAUGGCAGACCAGCAAAGGUGGGGGUUCAGCUAAGCAGACCACAUGGGAGGGUGGUCACAGGGUGCCUACAGUGGCCUAUUGGCCUGGAAGGAUUAUUGCAAACACCACCAGCUCUGCCCUGCUCAGUGGUAUGGACAUCUUCCCAACUGUUCUGUCCCUGGCAGGGGUAACACUCCCAUCUGACAGACGCUAUGAUGGCAUUGAUGCCACAAAUAUCCUCCUGCAUGGUGAACAGAUGGGUCAUGAGUUUCUCUUCCAUCCUAACAGUGGCGCUGCAGGAAAGUUUGGUGACCUUCAGACAGUUCGCAGUGGGAAACACAAAGCUUUCUACAUCACAGGUACUGGUCAAAUGGAGGUCAUGCGUGUUCAACAUCCACAAGCAAUUACACUACAGUCAGGUGCAGCCGAAGCAUGUGGCGGAGGAACAGGAAAGCAGCAGGUCCAUGAUCCGCCACUGAUAUUUGAUCUCGAGCAUGACGAGUCUGAGGAAACACCCUUGGAUGUCAAGACACAUGAAUACCAGACGGUAGCGGAGAGGAUCGCCCGCGGGAGGGAGGAGCUUUUAUGGGACAUUGCCACAGACAAGUCAGUGUCCAUUGCAGACUACAGGACAGACGAGUCAGCAGCACCCUGCUGUGACCCGACACAGGCUGUUUGUCGAUGCCCCAGGCUGGGUUAAAGUGGGAUACACAUGCAGAUACUCACACAAAAGACUGAUAAGAGAGGUUCACAGACGGAGAGAUAAAUACACUAUAUUGCCAAAAGUAUUCACUCACCCAUCCAAAUCAUUGAAUUCAGGUGUUCUAAUCACUUCCAUGGCCACAGGUGUAUA